AUGCUAAAAAGAAUCAUUUGCUCUUACUGCGUUGAUGUCGACGCCAUCGCCAGGUGGCCUGGCUCAUAUGGUGGGCAAGACUCGCGUAGUGAUAUCUCUGGUGGUCUAUUCGCUGUAAUAUACGAUGUUUGCCGCUUGCUUCAGUUAUUCGAUAAGUAUAAUACCAAGGCUAUAUGA